GAAGUGAAAGCUUGACUCAUGACCUGAACCUCUUUUGGACUUUAACAUGACAAACAAGGUUUUGCUGAAGCGAAGAGGCUCACUUCCGAGAUAGAAGUCACAAUGAGGAAUGAGAAUGCCUCCCUCCCUCUUUCCCUCUCCUCCAUGGGGACUGCCGUUUCCCCCCGUUUACUUCGUGCGAACAAAGGACCCGGACACUGAUCAGCAAUCUCUUUACACAUUCACACAUUCACACACACAAAAGAUUGAUUCAUCCCCACAGAACCACUCAUCGCCGCGACCUGAACUUUCUUGACCACUGCUUUUCCUCACCUUCCGUAGCUAGACCUAUUCGGGGGAGGUUUUUUUUUUCUCUUCAACUGCUCUUGAUACAAUUUUUAUUUAUUUCUUUUGAAGUGAGCAAAGUAAAGGCUAUUAGAUACAGAACAUCAUUCAUACACACAGAACGAAUAUCAGCCAUGAGUUUCGGACGGCCUCCAAGCUUUAUGACCUUCUCGGCCGCUCCUCCAGACCGCGGCAGCUUCCCUCUCGACCAUGAAGGCGAGUGCAGCGCGUUCAUGAAGGAAUACCUCAACUGUCUGAAGGAGAACCAGAACAACAACGGGAUGUGCAGACAUCUUUCCAAGAAAUACCUUAACUGUCGCAUGGAAAAAGGUCUAAUGGGAACGGAUAGUUUCAAAAACUUGGGCUUCCAGGAUGAUGAUGAGGAUGAUGAGGAUGAUAACAAGGGGGCCAAUGCAAGGGCAACAUCAUCGACACCUCAGCAGUCUUCAAAAGGGGCAACAACAGCAACAACCACAACAACAGGAAGAUAGAGCAAGAUUCCCCUUGUUUGCACUGCCGUAGCUAAUGCAAAGAUUGCAGAAUAGAAUAAGGCAUUUACAAAAUCACACAAGCCUACUGAAGCGGACUCAUGCAGCCAUGCAGUCAAGGUUUUGAAAAACAGGUCGGGGGAACUCGUUCUUCGUUCACCACAAUAGAGAGGUGAGGAUGGGGGAAGGUAGUGAUGGAGAAGUCUUGGCGCACGGCAUACCAUUGGAACCAUGGCUAAAAAAAAAAAAAAAAAAAAA